AUGAAGACGGACUUCAAGUUCUCCAACCUGUUGGGGACGGUCUACCGUCAGGGCAACCUGCUCUUCACUCCCGAUGGUACUUGCUUGCUCUCGCCAGUAGGCAAUCGAGUCACGGUCUUCGAUCUUGUCCAAAAUACCUCUUAUACCCUUCCCUUCGCCCACCGCACGAACAUUGAUCGUCUUGAUCUAUCUCCAAGAGGCAACCUGCUUCUAACUGUCGAUGAAACUGGCCGUGCGAUCCUGACCAACUUUCACCGUCGCAUUGCGAUUCACCACUUUUCCUUCAAGUCGCGCGUCUCCGCUCUCAAGUUCUCCCCAUCUGGCCGUCAUUUCGCAACCAAUGGCGAGAUUGAAUUCGCCCCGUUUGUUCUACACCGUGAUUCUGCCGCCCACUUCGACACUGUUCAGAGCAUUGAGUGGUCCAGUGAUUCGCGCUUCCUGCUCUCGGCGUCCCGUGAUCUGACAGCGCGAGUAUGGAGUUUGGACAAGGAGGAUGGAUUUGAACCCACCACUUUGGCUGGUCACCGUCAAGGUGUCGUGACUGCGUGCUUCGAUGCAGCGCAAGAAUCGAUCUACACAGUCAGCCAAGAUGGUGCCCUGUUCCGCUGGGAAUACACGGCAAAGCAGGACCCCGAAACUGAUGAAGAAAUUGGUGAACCCCAAUGGAGAAUUGCCAAGAAAGAUUUCUUCAUGCAAAACGACGCCAAAGUCAACUGCGCCGCAUUCCACGCUCCAUCUAGCUUGCUUGUGGUCGGCUUUUCCAAUGGUCUCUUCGGACUUUACGAUCUUCCCGAAUUCAACAUGAUUCAUCAACUCAGUGUCUCUCAGAGCAACAUUGAUGUCGUUACUAUCAACAAAUCCGGCGAGUGGCUUGCAUUUGGAUCUUCCAAGCAUGGACAACUUUUGGUGUGGGAGUGGCAAUCAGAGUCAUACAUCUUGAAGCAGCAGGGCCAUCUGGAUUCUAUGAACUCCCUGGUCUAUUCGCCUGAUGGGCAGAAGAUUGUUACCACUGCCGAUGAUGGCAAGGUUAAGGUUUGGGAUGUUAAAUCGGGCUUCUGCAUUGUGACUUUCACUGAACACACCAGCGGCGUUUCCGCUUGCCAGUUCGCCAAGAAGGGAAGUGUUCUUUUCACUGCGUCACUGGAUGGAUCUGUGCGAGCCUGGGAUCUCAUUCGAUACCGUAACUUCCGCACUUUCACAGCCCCUUCGCGAAUGUCAUUCUCGUCUCUCGCAGUGGAUCCUAGCGGUGAGGUGGUCUGUGCCGGCUCGCCGGAUUCUUUUGAUAUCCACGUGUGGUCCGUGCAGACCGGUCAACUGUUGGAUCAACUUUCUGGCCACGAGGGCCCUGUUUCCAGCUUGGCAUUCGCUGGUGACGGUAACCAUCUGGUCAGUGGUAGCUGGGAUCGCACUGUUCGCAUCUGGAGCGUCUUCGGCCGUGCACAGACCAGCGAGCCUCUCCAGCUCGUGUCAGAUGUCUUGAGCGUCUCUUUCCGACCCGAUGGAAAACAGGUUGCCGCAUCUACACUCGACGGACAACUUUCUUUCUGGAAUGUCACCGAUGCUGUUCAAGAGGGCAACGUGGAUGGUCGCCGCGAUGUUUCUGGAGGCCGUAAGGUGUCUGACCGUACUACUGCCGCGAAUGCUGCUGGAACCAAGUCUUUCAACCGCAUCACCUACAGCGCAGAUGGCAGCUGCAUUCUCGCUGCUGGAAACAGCAAGUACAUUUGCUUGUAUGACGUGAAUACUGGAUCCAUGAUCAAGAAGUUCACGGUUUCGGUGAAUUUGUCACUAGAUGGCACCCAAGAGUUCCUGAACAGCCGCAACCUCACUGAGGCUGGACCUCGUGGGCUUAUUGACGAAACUGGAGAAGCGUCUGAUAAAGAGGACCGUAUUGAUCGUACGCUCCCUGGCGCCAAGCGUGGCGAUGCCGGAGCUCGUACUACCCGUCCUGAAGUCCGGGUCACCUGUGUCGACUUCGCACCCACAGGCCGCGCAUUCUGCGCUGCCUCGACUGAGGGUCUUCUUGUCUACAGUCUGGAUACAGACUUUGUCUUUGAUCCUGUCGAUCUGGACAUCACCAUCACCCCGUCAACCAUUCUCGCUACGCUGGAUGCUGCCAAGGCCGCUGCGGAAGCCAACACCAUUGAUGACGACAACACCUUCCUGAAGGCUCUUAUUAUGGCUUUCCGAUUGAACGAGUCUAAGCUCAUCCGCGCCUCUAUCUGCCUCGCCUCCUCCGUUUUGUCGCACACGCUGCUGAAGAAACCCCCCCAUCUUGAAUUCAACCUGUUGUGGUUCGAGUCUCUCUUCAACUGCCAUGGUCGAUAUUUCAAAGAAAACUCAGGAACAUUUGCCCCCGAGCUGCGUAUUGUUCAGCGCGCAAUUGACGACAUUCGGGAAAAUCUCAAGCGGUUGACGGAGAAGAACCUCUAUGAUCUGAGCUAUCUGCUGUCCAAGCCUGUCCUUGCGGAUAAGAAGUCCGCCAGUGCCUUAUUGCCCAUCGCCGACGAUGAUGUCGAGGGUGGUGAUGAUCAAAUGGAGGAUGCUGAUGGCUCGGAUGGCGAUUGGAUUGGUCUUGAAUGA